AUCUCCCCCCAUUAUCGAAAAACUUAGCUAGCAGUCGCUCUCUUUUUCAUUCCAACUUUCUCCAUGGGCAAGAGGCUCUCCACAUCCACCGAUGUUGAUUCUACUACGCAGAAUGAGAAGGAGUCCGAGUCCGAGUCCUAUGACUCAGAACAAGUAGUUCUGAAGAAGCACAAAAAGGCGGAAGAAUAUCAUUGCCUUUACGAAAAUGAAGAUGCAUAUGGAAACUCUCCAAUGACCGUUUUCGUUAGGGGAUUCGAUUGUUCCCUACCUAUGGCUGAUAUCAAGAGUACAUUGAGAAAACACUUCAGUUCAUGUGGAGUGAUCUGUCGGGUUUUUGUUCCGGCAGAGUGUAAAACUGGUUCUCUCUUGGGAUAUGCUUUCUUAAGUAUACUGCCGGACCAAAAGAAGGCAUUAGCACUAGAUGGAAGUUACUUGGGAAGUCUGAAGCUUGAGGUUAGAAGUGCUAGUAGUAUAAUUGGAUAUCCUAAUUUUAUAGGGUGUAAACGCUGUGUCCGCGUUCAAAGGACGCGUAAAUACGAACACUUCAUUGAAACUAAUGGUGGUCUUAUACAGCGCAGGACUCCUUUGCUCGACAGUAUGUUUGCUGAGGCUGAAGCUCGUCGUAAGCGCAGGACAGCUAUGCUCGACAGUACGGUUGCUGAGCUUGACCAAAAAGACUGAAGACACAAAAGAAGACACUGCUAAAUAUUUUGGUCAUUUUUACCUUCGCCGCAGCCGCUACUUGUUUAAUUUAUGUUUUAUGCCUUUCUAAGAAAACUUGUAUUAUGUGACUCUUUAUUGCAUAAUUUAUGCCUAAAUCAAACUGUGAAACUUGAAAAUCAAUUUACAUGAAGUCGACUUUGUGAGUUCCGUUCAAGUUUGACUGUUUGAGUUAAUUGGUUUAUUGGGCGGUUGUGUU